CAUGGAUUUGAGGCUCUGCCUGUGUCUUUUCAUAAUUGGUUCUAGCUGGGUCUGUGCUGCUAGAGAAUUAGCUGUCCUGAUAACAGAAACUGAAGAUGUUUCAGUAUUGCAGAUUAAUAACCUAAAAGAACUGAGACAAGUUCAACCUCUGGAAGAAGUUAAUGGAAGUGAACAGUUGUGCACAUUGUGUGAAGAAUAUACCGCCAAGGCACUUAAUUACAUGGCUAAUAACAAGACCCAAACAGAGAUCAUUGACCGUCUUCACAAAUCUUGUUCGAAGAUGCGAUUUUACAAGAAGGAGUGCGCCAUACUCGUGGAUUAUUAUGCUCCUCUCUUCUUCUUACAGAUCAACAAAAUGAAACCUGAAAACUUUUGCCAACAGUUUGGCCUUUGUGAACAAGUGGUUAUUAUUUCUCAGGCGCUUUCUGGAAAGAACUGCAAUUUAUGCCACAAACUAGUUACAGAUGUCGAAUCAAAGUUGAAAGAUCCUGACACACAGUUUGAGAUACUUGAGCUGCUCUUGAAGGCAUGUGGAGCUAUCGAACCUUAUACUAAGAAGUGCAAGAAACUGGUGUUUGAAUUUGCGCCAGUGAUUCUCGUAAAUGCUGAACAGUUUCUGGAACAAAAUGACGUAUGUGCUAUUCUUCAUGCUUGUGAGCCUGCAGUAGAUAAAGAGCAAGCAUCAAGGAAGCAAACUUCAUUGCAUUCGGCCUCUUAAGGAAAGUAUAAUGGUACCCAGACUAGGUUGGGAACAUAUUGUUGUGUAUGUAAACAAUUAAAUAACAUCAUAAAAAUUUAUGAAUUAUUGUGUAUAUGUAUAUAGUUUAAUAUGUUGAAUUCUAAACUUUAUUUAUUGUUAUGAACCACAGUUAUUUAUGCAAAUUGUAAAUAAUAUUAAAUGUUAGUACCGUCUAUUUA